GGGCCCUGAUGCUCAGAAAAAAUUGUUGAAGACUUUUCUGCAGAAUUGGAUAAUUUGUUUGACAUUGCUCAUAGAGAUGCCUUACAAAACAUGCGUAUCAGCGAAGACAAGGAAUUUUUGAUUCUACAAAGGCAAAAAGGUCGCCCUGGUAGCAUGGCUGGUGCUGACAUGGUAUUGUAUCGGCGACAAAACAGAGCAGAUCACCGCAUUGAGAAAGAAAUGUCUAGAAAAAGGAAACAUCAACAAAUGUCGGAAGUGAAUCUCGAACUCAACGACGAUUUUGGUAUGGACUAUGAAGAAGAUAUUGGUGACAGUGAGCCUGAAGUAGCGGAAACCAAUGUGAAAAAAAUACAGAACAAACUGCUUCAACUUGUAUUAACAGGGGAAGAAAACAUUUUAUCACACCGCGAUUGCUUUCAGCACUUGAUAGCGCCAAAGUAAGCGAUGGAAAGGCGAUGCACAUUCUGAUGGCGACUGCAGAAGCAUUGGGCCAUUGCACUAGCGACUUGGUAGUCAAUCGUUCUACUCUCCAUAGACUGAGGGAAGAGCAUCGCAGAAAAGAAACACAGAGGAUUCAAGAGAGUUUUAUUGACAAACUAAGUGAUACACAAGCAAUGGUCGUCCACUGGGAUGGUAAAGUAUUGCCAGAUCUAAUUGAAAAAAUAAAAGUUGAGCUAAUUGCAGUGCUUGUUAGUUAUAAUGACGAAUCCAAAUUUCUAGGCGCUCCAAAACUUAUAUCUGCCACUGGUGAAAAUAUAGCUACAGCCGUUUUUGAUACACUUAGUAAAUGGAAUAUUUUAGAUCGCGUAGAAGGCAUGUCUUUUGACACCACGUCCACUAAUACUGGUCCAAUGAAUGGAGCAUGCGCUCAAUUGCAACGCAUGUUAGGAAGAAAUUUGUUGACGUUACCAUGCCGUCACCAUAUUCUAGAAAUAUACUUACGUAGUGUAUUCGACCUGCAUUUCAAAGUGACUCAAGCACCAGAAGUCUCAAUUUUCGAGAGAUUUGCCAAAGCCUGGCCAAAUAUUAACACUUCAUCAUUUAAGAGUGGGCUCGACUGUGAAGAUAUAAAAUCUCAUAUAAGUGAUGGCAUCUGCAAUGACAUCAAACAAUUUUGUCAUUCACAAUUACAAAAAACUUUUGUUCGUGCUGACUACGAAUUUUUACGUCUAGUACUUACAUUUCUUGGUGACAAAGGUGGUAAAUUUAAAACACCCGGAGUUACAAGUCAUGCACGUUGGAUAACAAAGGGAAUAUAUUCCUUGAAAAUAUUUCUUUUUCGUGAUCAAUUUCACUUGAAUAAAGCUGAAUUAAAAGGCUUAAGUCAGAUUUGCGUUUUUUUAGUGCGUUUAUAUAUAAAAGCUUGGUACAAAUGCUCUAAUGCAAUUACCUCUCCCCUGCAUGAUUUAAACUUUGUAAAAGAAUGUAUUAAUUAUGAAAAAGUGUACCCAAGUAUUUCUUCGGAAUUGCUGAGAAAAAUGCAACAACACAUGUGGUAUUUGUCAGAGGAAAACGUCGCAAUGGCUUUCUUUGAUUUCAAUGUUUCUGUAGAUGUUAAGAAAAAAAUGGUAAAAAAUUUAAAAUCAGAAGAGCCAACUAUUAAACUACAAAACAAUCGCAAAAUAAAAAAAUUAAGUGACUUAGGCAAUUCGGAUUUAAGCGGAUUUGUAUCCAAGAGAACUUUAACAUUUUUUAUGAUGUACAAGUUGUCAACCAACUUUUUGUAUUUGGAUCCAGAGUCUUGGGAAACAAACGAGGAAUUCCAAAAUGGUCGCACAAUAUGCCACAAAUUGCUUGUUACUAAUGAUACAGCGGAAAGAGGUUUAAAAUUUAUAAAGGAUUUCAAUACUUUUCUUACAAAUAAAGAAGAAGAAAAACAGUUCCUCCUUAAAGUUGUUGAAGAACACAAAAAAAAAUAUAAGUCCUAUAAAAAAUCAGAAUUAAUUUAAGUUUUAAUAUUUCUAGAUGUAUUAAAUAAAUUGAUAUGAAUAAAAAUAUUUCUUUUAAAUAGUAGUUUGAAGUUAAUAUAAUGCAAAAAAUUGGAGAAAAAUAAUACACUAAAAGAAAAAUUGAUACUUGAAUACAUAGAACUUGUUUUUUGCUAUAGGAAGGAAAUUUUUAAUUUUAAAACGUUUCCGCGCCGUCUUCCCAUCAUCCGAUUGUCCCCAAAUUUUUUGUUUAACAUUUUUACAUAAAAAGGAAAAAAAAUAACCCAUUCUGUAAGCAUAGAAUACAUUUUGAAUUUUAAGGACAGGUCUAAUAUAUACCCAUAAUUUGUAAGUGUAAGCGUAGAAUACAAAUUAUAUUCUGAGCAUGCAAUGCAUGAAGUGUCGAUCAAAAUUAUAAAUUGGUGUAUCUAAUUUACAAAUUGGUCUAUAUAACCUAAAUUUGGGAUAUUUAUGGCCCGACGUCUUAAUAAGUUUAGCAUACCUAGUACAUAAUCUGCUAAUGCUACAUCAGCCCAAAUAAGAGGAAACACCUUUCUCUAGUUCAAGCCGUUAUAAAAAUAUUCAUUUUUUAACAUAUGUAGGUAACUUUAUUUAAUAAGAUAUGUAUUAAUUAAGCGAUGUUCAAAAUUAAAUUCGAAAUGGUUAUCUGUUGCUUCCGCAUCUUCUUCUUCUUCUUAAUUGACGUAGACACCGCUUACGCGAUUAAGCCGAGUUAACAACCGCGGGUCAGUCGUUUCUUCUUUUCGCUACGUGGCGCCAAUUGGAUAUUCCAAGCGAAGCCAGGUUCUUCUCCACUUGGUCCUUCCAACGGAGUGGAGGUCUUCCUCUUCCUCUGCGGGUACUGCGUCGAAUACUUUCAGAACUGGAGUGUUUUCGUCCAUCCGGACAACAUGACCUAGCCAGCGUAGCCGCUGUCUUUUAAUUCGCUUAACUAUGUUAAUGUCGUCGUAUAUCUCGUACAGCUCAUCGUUCCAUCGAAUACGAUAUUCGCCUUGGUCAAUGCGCAUAGGACCAUAAAUCUUUCGUAGCACCUUUCUCUCGAAAACUCGUAACGUCGACUCAUCGGUUGUUGUUAUCGUCCAAGCCUCUCCACCAUAAAGCAGGACAGGAAUUAUGAGUGACUUAUAGACUUUGGCUUUUGUUCGUCGAAAGUGGACUUUACUUUUCAAUUGCCUACUUAGUCCUAAGUAGCACCUGUUGGCAAGAGUAAUCCUGCGUUGGAUUUCCAGGCUGACAUUGUUGGUGGUGUCAAAGCUGGUUCCUUAAUAGACGAAAUUAUCUACAACUUUAAAGUUAUGACUGUCAACAGUGACGUGAGAGCCAAGCCGCGAGUGCGACGACUGUUUGCUUGAUGACAGGAGAUAUUUCGUCUUGUCCUCGUUCACUGCCAUUUGCGUUGCUUCCUUGUUCAGUCUGGAGAUAGCAGAACUAACGGCGCGGGUGUUGAGACCGAUGAUAUCAAUAUCAUCGGCAUACGCCAGCAGUUGUACACUCUUAUAGAAGAUGGUACCUUCUCUAUUUAGUUCUGCAGCUCGAACUAUUUUCUCUAGAAGCAGGUUGAAAAAGUCGCACGAUAAGGAAUCGCCUUCUCUGAAACCUCGUUUGGUAUCGAACGGCCCGGAGAGGUCCUUUCGAUUCUGACGGAGCUUUUGGUAUUGCUCAACGUCAGCUUACAAAGCCAUAUUAGUUUUGCGGGGAUACCAAAUUCAGACAUCGCGGCAUAAAGGGGCUCCUUUUCGUGCUGUCGAAAGCAGCCUUGAAACCGACGAAGAGGUGGUGUGUGUCGAUUCUCCUUUCACGGGUUUUUUCAAAGAUUUGGCGCAUGGUGAAUAUCUGGUCGGUUGUUGAUUUGCCAGGUCUAAAGCCACACUGAUAAGCUCCAAUCAGUUUGUUAACGGUGGGCUUUAAUCUUUUACACAAUACGCUCGAUAGAACCUUAUAUGCGAUGUUAAGGAGGCUAAUCCAACGGUAGUUGGCGCAGAUUGUGGGGUCUCCUUUUUAUGGAUUGGGCAGAGCACACUUAAAUUCCAAUCGUUGGGCAUUAGGGUGGGUCGAUUCGGGACUUUUUUUGAUUCGGUAUUUCUAAUAGUGCGGAAAAGUUGCCGUAGUACUUCCUGAUUCCAAUGCAACUUUUUGUUUUGAGAUCGGAUUGCAUCUUUAACCCCAACUCCGGCCUUGAAAUUUCGGAAAUUCGCCUAAAAUCGUGAAAUUGUCUACCUAGCACCUGAAAUACGCAUCUCAUGGCAAAAUGUAUAAAACAAAAGUUAUUUGUCACGUCAUUUGCUACCGAAAUAGUAUAUGUGAUCAUGGUCGAGAUACUUACCCGCUAAACUGCGCAAGAUUGUCGAUUCAUCCAUUCAACAAAAUGCUUUCUUUGCUCUUCCAGAAAACAUUCUCCUUAGUAUGAUGACUGACGAACGGAUAGAAGUCAGAAAGUUGGAUCUUGACCGUCUUCUGGCAGCCAGAGAACCAGAGUCUGACACCAUAAAUGGAAGAGUUAGAUGUAAUAAAGUGCCAAAGCUGAAUUUCAAAGCUAAUACUUAUUACGAUAUGAUUAACUGGAAGACUAUUACCUUGACUGUUCCACCAGUUCUUUGUUUAACGAAGAACUCCUAAAAGGGCUGUCGGGAGACAUUGCAGAGGUAUGGAAAUUUUGUGAAUUCCCCUCUCACAACGUGGCAGUCGAGAGAAUCGUCAAACUGGUGACAGAGGCAUCUUCUAAAGUUAUUGGCCCCCAAUCUCGUGAUCUUUUUAUACGCUCUACACUGAAAUCUAGGCAACAAGUGCCAAAGUUUAGUACAAAAUCUGAUUUUAUCAAUAAAUUGCACACAGAUUCAGACUAAAACAAGCCUGACAUAUGGUUGGUUGGUUGGGUUGGGCUUGGGAGGAACCCGAAGAGCAGCUACCUCCACGCGGUGGGUUCUGGGUGACCAAUACAGGUUAGCUGGGAGCUGCAACAAUUUUCACCUUGCGCUGUGGCGCGCCGCCUUUUCGCUCGUAUCUCGGGAACGGUUCGUCCUACGGCCAUGAUCACAUAUACCAUUUCGGUAGCAAAUGACGUGACAAAUAACUUUUGUUUUAUACAUUUUGCCAUGAGAUGCGUAUUUCAGGUGCUAGGUAGACAAUUUCACGAUUUUAGGCGAAUUUCCAAAAUUUCAAGGCCGAGGUUCGGGUUGAAGAUGCAAUCCGAUCUCAAAACAAAAAGUUGCAUCGGAAUCAGGAAGUACUAAGGCAACUUUUCCGCACUAUUAGAAAUACCGAAUCGAAAAAAUUCCGGAAUCGACCCACCCUAUUGGGCAUGCUUUCGUCCGACCAUAUUUUGCAAAGAAGCUGAUGCAUGCUCCUUAUCAGUUCUUCGACGCCGUGUUUGAAUAGCUCGGCCGGCAAUCCGUCGGCCCCUGCCGCUUUGUUGUUCUUCAGGCGGGCAUUUGCUAUUCGAACUUCUUCAUGGUCGGGUAAUGGAACGUCUGCUCCAUCGUCAUCGAUUGGGGAGUCGAGUUCGCCUUCUCCUGGUGUUGUGCGUUCACUGCCAUUCAGCAGGUUGGAGAAGUGUUCUCUCCAUAAUUUAAGUAUGCUCUGGGCAUCGGUGACUAUAUCCCCUUUGGGGGUUCUACAAGAGUAACCUCUUGAAACCUUCUGUAAGCCGCCGCAUUUUUUCGUCGAAUUUUCGAGCAUUACCCCUGUCGGCCAGCUUAUCAAGCUGUUCGUACUCACGCAUUUCUUUCCGCUUUCUUCUUCUGUCUGCAAAUGGGUCUCGCUUCGCUCUUCAACUCUCGGUAUCUAUCUCAUCCCGCAAGUGUUGUGGUCGAUCGUAACGUUGCGAAGUAGGCAACCUGUUUUCUCUCUGCUGCGUCACGGCACUUCUCGUCGUACCAGCAGUUCUUUUGCACUUUCCGAAAACCAAUGGUUUCGGUUGCAGCUGUACGGAAGGAGUUUAAAAUGUCGUCCCACAGUUCCCUUAUACCGAGUUAUUGACGAGUGCUCUCAUAGAGCAGGAGUGCAAGCCGAGUAGAAAAUCGUUCGGCUGUCUGUUGUGAUUGCAGCUUCUCCACGUCGAACAUUCCUAGUGUUUGUUGACGUGCGUUAUUUGCUGCACAGAGGCGGGUGCGAAUCUUCGCUGCAACAAGAUAGUGGUCCGACUGGAGACGUGUUUCCCGUCUAUCACAAUCCGGAGACAGCCAGGUAGGUUGACGAAUAUUCUUGUGCUGGAAUCUAGUACUUCAGAUAACCAUAUUUCGGGCCCCGGUGAAUUCGAUCAGCCUCAACCCAUUUGGUCAUAUUUUCUCGUGUAGGCUGAAUUUACUGACCGUAGUGCCAAAGAUACCUUGUUUGCCCACCCUGGCGUUAAAGUCGCCAAGCACGAUUUUGACAUCGUGGCGGGGGCAUCUCUCAUAAGUGUUCUCCAAGCACUGAUAAAAGGCAUCUUUGGUCACAUCGUCCUUCUCUUCCGUCGGGGCGGGGCGCAAAUCAGCGAUAUGUUGAAGAACCUCGCUUUAAUGCGGAUUGUGGCUAGACGUUCAUUCACCGAAGUGAAUGAUAGUACUCGGCGACGGAGUCUCUCUCCCACCACUAAUCCCACACCAAAAUUGCGCUCCUUUAUAUAGGCACUGUAGUAAAUGACAUAAGGACCUACUCGUAUCUGUCCCUGUCCGGUCCAUCGCAUUUCUUGGACGGCGGUGAUGUCAGCCUUUAUUUUCACGAGGACAUCCACCAGCUGGGCAGCGGCACCUUCCCAAUUAAGGGACCGGACAUUCCAGGUGCAUGCCCUCAAAUCAUGGUCCUUUAUUCGUUUGCCAUGGUCGUCAUCAAAAGGGGUGUCUCUCAUCCCAGGCUUGUUGUUUCUUUUCAUUGGGGGUGUUUAUUUUACGUCGCGGGUCCCAAACCCAGCGCACAACCCUAUGCAGGGGAUGUUUCGCCUUCUGACUUUAGCUCGCCUUCAAACGGAUGUUCUUAGGCUACCCAGAGGAUACUUGGUCAAAGGCCGGAAGUCGUGAGCUGCUUGAGUCAUAUGCAAAAGAAUCAUUUCUGGCCACUCCCAAGUGAAUGGCGAUCAGAGAACUUUCCUCACUUGCGUGAAGUUCUACGCAUGACUCCGUCCUCCAUUAGUCUCAAAUAAUUCGGCUAUAGCCAAUCAUCUGCUACUAUAAAACCAGAUGUGUAAAUUAUGUUUUCCGCGAACGCGGGGUUGGUUUUGAUAACAUCACAAAAGAUGUGAAUCUAGUGAGUUUGGUUAACGCACUAAAAUGAAAUAUCUUUAAGUCACAUUCUUUUAACAAUUGACGCAUGUUCGCGAAUAACGUUGUAAGCGACAAUUUUUUCAAAAACGGGCAAUCUUAUAUUAAUAGAAAAAAACACGUUAUACCAGCAAAAAAUGUCCCAAAGCAGGUAUAGUGGAAAAACGUUUUAAGUACAUAAUUUUUAUUUCAUAUAUAUUUUGAACUAUUUUGUAAUAGAUUUUUGAUUGCCAUUGUAAUUUCCAUUGUGCAAAACUUGAUAAUGAACAAAAGAAGAACCUUUUUGAUAACUUUUAUAGCAAAAAUUAUAACGAGCAAUGUUUAUUUCUAUCCUCACUUCUUGAAUUGAGCGAGCCUAAAAGAAGAAGAGUUGAAGAGGGGAGUUCUAUACGAAAUACAACAGUAUUUUAUUUUUUGGUGCUUUCAAACGGAAAAAGAAAGAGAGUGUGCAAAAAAAUGUUUUGUCACACAUUUCAGGUAAAUAUUUUCUUGUUGUUGUUUUUCGUUGAUUUUUACUUUACUUUUUAUUUUAAAAUAUGAAGAUAACGCAGCGCAGAGUUAAAAUUUUGGUUGAAAAAGUAAAAUAUGGGAAAAACAUUGAUGAUCAGCGAGGAAAAUAUGAAAAUCGUCCCCACAAAAUCAUAGAACAGGAAAAACUGAGCGUUGAUGAACACAUAGUAAGCUUUCCCAGCCAAGAAAGUCACUAUGGUCGUUCAACAUCUCGAAAAAUUGUCUUAACCCCAAUUUAAAUAUUAAAACAAUGUACGAGUUAUACAAAGUUAAAUAUCCGGAUACCCAAAUUUCGUACAGCACAUAUAAGCACAUUUUUCAUACAGAACACAAAUUACGAUUUGGUUUCCCAAGAAGUGAUACUUGCAAGGUUUGUGACAAGUAUUUUAUUGAUAUGAUUGCCGCUGAAAAUACGGAACGAUUUGAAAAUAUUCAAAAAUUGGCGACAGCUCAUCACGAGCAAGCAGAUAAAGCAUAUGCGCAACUUCGAGAUGAUUCCAACGCUGGCAAAAAUUCACAAAAUACCGUAGUCAUGGACUAUGAUUGCUUUGUGCCACAGCCUUCUGAUCAAAUACUUUUCUGAAGUGAAUCAAAAAUUUCUUACUUCAGGGCACACCUUUCUGCCAUGCGACCGGGAUUUUGCACUUAUCGAAAAAAAGAAAAAAACAGCUCAACUUUAUACACAUAUGUCAUAUGAUUCAUUUUGCAAGGCCUUCGAAUCCAUUGCAGAUUCAUCAAAUGGCUCUAUAUGAAUUUAAAAACUUCGAGAUGCUAGUCAAAAAUUUAUAUAGAAAUCCUUUGUGCAAAAUAACUGCUGCAAAGUGGAUACAAAUUUCUAGAUACGAUCCAAACACACUUAAAAUGCGUAAGCAGCAUAAUAUAGCAGAAACAUGGACUUCUUAUAAUUUGCGCUCAAAAAAAAACAUAAAUUAUGCGAAUUAUACUUUGCCAAUGCUCAGGAAUGAUACAAUAAAAGUAAGUGAUGAAAAGAAGUAGGACCUUCUGGCAAUGUCGUCGUAUUUACCAGAAAACUGUUUUAUAAACAGUUGCCAUGAAAGAUAAACCAAUACAUAUAUUGAUACUCUAUACUAUUUACUA